AUGCAUGCUGUGGUGGUUUCUUCGGAGGCGAGGAAGGCACUUGUGGAUUCGGACCAGAUUAUUGUGGUGAUGACUGCGACUCUCAGUGCGAUGCAAAAGCUGAAUGUGGGAAGUAUGCAGCAAAAGGAGUGUCCUCUCAAUGUUUGCUGCAGCUCGUUUGGCCAUCGCGGUACAACUGCUGAGUUCUGCGGAGACAACUGCCAGAAAGACUCUGGUAAUUGCGAAGAACAUCCCAAUCCCCCGAAAGGGGCAAGUCCGAUUCCUGUCCUGAAGAACAAAGUGAUCGGUUAUUAUCAGUCAUGGGCAGAAAGGAGGUCCUGCCAUACUUUUCCCCCCGAUUCCAUUCCUGUCGAGGGUCUCACCCACUUGAAUUAUGCCUUUGCCUACAUCGACCCGGACUCCCUCGAGGUCACUGUCAUGGAUGACCAGACGCCUGAAUGCUCAUUUUCACGGACAACUGAUAUCAAGAACACAAGAUCUCGCAAUUCCGAGCUACAGAUAUUUGCGUCCCUUGGAGGCUGGACAUUUUCGGACAAUGACACCGCGACCCAACCGGUCUUCUCCGACAUUGCGGCAGAUGCCGGCAAGGGAUUGAAAUUUGCGAAUAAUCUUCUCUCGUUUAUGGUUCACUACGGCUUUGAUGGAGUCGAUCUUGACUGGGAAUAUCCUGGCGCUGGUGACAGAGGAGGAAACAAAGACGAUGUGAAGAAUUAUGUCUUGCUGAUGAAGACCAUACGUGAGAAAUUUGAUUCCUCUGCUCGUGUCAACUACGAAUUGUCAUUCACAAUUCCAACAUCCUACUGGUAUCUCAGAUGGUUUGAUGUACCUGGACUUCUUAAAUACGCCGACUGGGUUAAUAUGAUGUCCUAUGAUCUUCAUGGUGUAUGGGAUCAAAACAAUCCGAUUGGUAACAAGGUCCACCCUCACACGAACUUGACCGAGAUCAAAUCCGCGUCGGGGCUGCUGUGGAGAAACGAUGUUGCCCCUUCCAAGGUUGUGAUAGGCAUUGGAUUUUACGGACGGUCAUUCCAUCUUAAAGACAAGAAUUGCACGACGCCCGGAUGCGACUUUCACGGUGAUGCCCAGAAGGGAGACUGUACCAAGUCUUCCGGUACUUUGGCGACAUCAUCAAGAAGGAACACAAAAAACGUCACCUAUGACCACGAUGCUGCUGUCAAGUGGAUCACAUAUGGUGAUGGCCUCGACAACUGGGUCAGUUAUGAUGACGCAAAAACCUUGAAGCAGAAAGUGGAUUAUGCGGAUGAAGUCGGUCUCGGCGGGCUCAUGAUAUGA